AACCUGGACAUACUCCGACUCUGUACAAAAUAAAAAUUCCUUUCCCUCCUGUACUUGCAGUAGUAUAGAGCCUUAUUGAUGGAAAAAUCCACGGCGCACAGAAGAAUAGACAUGCUCGAAUCUACUCUAAUACGGGGAGAAAAUUUAAAGCCCUGUGCCGGAGAUCUCCUGUAAUAUCGCAGCUAAUUGUAAUUGGCAGAUCUACAAUAUCUCAAAAAGUCUUGGGCCGUCGUCGCAUCAUGUUUCGUGUCCUUUCCUCACAGCGUCCAUGGCGGAAAGUUUCAAUGCGACCUUUGGCUGUAUGUUUAUCGCUUUCACGAUAGACUUGAUGUGCUACGGUGCCGGUAUGCUCGUAGUACUCCAAUAUUUUCGUGGCAACUUAUGGUCGGCGGACUCAUCCAUGGUCAAGUUAAUGGUUCUCUCGCUCGGAUUCUUGGCUACGACGCACAUCGUGACGUUCAUUGCAUGGGCAUAUGAGGAUCUCAUAAACCGGUUUGGAGACUUGGCGGAGCUGGAUAGUAUGCCGAGAACGGCCCUGGUUCAACUAUUAGCUAUUUAUAUGGUAUCAUUCAUCUCGCAGGUCUUCUUUACGUCGCGGAUAUACUACUUAACGCACAACUGGUUGCUGGCUGGACCAGUGGGUCUUCUUGCCUUGACAAACAUCAGCGCUGGACUCGCCCAAACGACCCUCGCCGGUAUCGGCGGUACCUUUAGCCAUCUCGUUCACACAGAGAAAGUUACGAGCCUCCAAUCCGCAUCCACCGCCGCGUGCGACAUGGCUAUCACUGUCAUCCUGUGCUGGAUCUUCCAUACCAAGCGAACGGGUAUCAAAUCAACCGACAACCUCCUUGACAACCUAAUCAUCCUCGCCAUAAACCGUGGGGCAAUCACCAGUCUAGCCGCAUUGCUGAAUUUGAUUCUGUUUGUAUGGCGUCCGGAGGCGAUGAUUUUCAUGAUCCCGCUUCUUCCAAGUUGCCAAUUCUAUGUCCUUUCUGUUGUGGGCAGCCUGAAUUACAGGAGAAAUAUGCGGGAGAAAUCGGGCAGUUCCCACGAAGUCCCUCUCGAACCUAUCUCAGGGAGCCAGCACAAUCCAGGGGCUGUCCGUGUGGUACGUGUUUCCAAGUGACUUCUAGCCGAAAUACCAAUACCGUAUAUUGCAGACAACAUCCGUGGUUACAUGGAAGGAUGGAACGAGAAGCUCAGAUAAGGAUAGCGAACGGAAGUACCAUGCUGAUGCGGUAUAGCGCCCCAGGUUUGGCAGAAUAAAAAUUCCCGUUUUUCUUCUUUAUUGCAAGAUUAUGAUUUCGUGUGUGUAUAGAACUACUUCAUCGUUACUCGUACCGGCUUUCUAUAUAUUUGUCAUAGGCAGGCAUCGAUCCUUAUCCGGGGUCUAAGCUAUAUGCCGCGGCCAAUAUCCGAU